GCUGAUCCGCCACUCCCGGCCACGGUCAUGGCCAUGAUGCGACCUCAUGGAAUUGCUCUUCAGGAGAUGUCGAUUAUAAGAAUUGCAAAGACACUUAUACUUGAAAUAACGUAUGGAAAUGUCACAUGCGUAAAGUAUCAUCUACAAAAGGAGAAUGAUUGGUCUCUUGGCGUGGGUUUGGAAUAAUUGGACCUUUCCAGUUGCACAGUCCGGUCGCUGAUUUUACUUUGUACUCCGAAGCUCCCGGGCCAAAAAGCAGGGCGCAGGGCUGCCUCCGUGUCUGCAGAUACUGUAUCAUCAGUGUUUUUUCGCUUGUACCUGAGGUGGGUUGCCACUUUAAAUGGCCCAGCGGCGCGAGCGAUUGGACGACACGAGCCUUAAUCUAAUCUUCUGCCCCCCAAAUCAAGUUACGUUAGGUUAGGUACUGUACCUUGCCUUGCCUUGGAGUCGGGUUUUAUUAACUUGCCAUUGCCAUCGCAAUCGACAUCGACGCUCCCUUUUCUUAAAUCUCUUGUAUCCUCCAGGUCUAGCCUCUAACUCUUUCUACCUUCCUUUGUUGAUCGAGACUUUGUUAAUCGUUUGUUUCGUUUUGUCUCUUACAGUUUCGCCUCCCGUACGGAACUGAAUUGUCUCCUUUCACUCCUUCACAUCAUCACCAACUAAAACGUUAUAACGCGACCGCAUCGAUACCUUAUCAACUUAAUUUCUGAACCCGUCAUGGGCAACGACAGCUCCAUUCUCGCCGACGGCUCCGCCAUGGCCGUGCCCGGCACUUCUUUCAAUCAUACGCUCUUCGAAACAGCUUUACCACCGCUGCCAACAUUUAGUCUUGAGGCCCAGCCUGAUCUCUUUCCUUGGGUCUCCGACUUUUGGCUCAAUUUGUUACUCCCUGUUGUUGUCUACUGGGUCCUAUCCCUGACAUUCCAUGCAAUCGACGUCAACGACUGGUUCCCCCAAUAUCGACUACACACGCCCGAAGAAAUCACCAAACGCAACCACGUCUCCCGCUUUGAGGUCGCCCGCGAUGUUAUCCUGCAGCAGAUCAUCCAGGUCGUCACUGGCGCUCUUCUCGCCUUGUCCGAGCCUCCGGAGAUGAUUGGAAAGAGUGAAUAUGACGUUGCAGUCUGGGCUACUCGCAUCCGUAUCGCGCAACGAGCUCUCCCAACUGUGCUCGGCCUCGUCGGCCUCAAUGCUACAGCAAUCUCCAAGAGUCUCCUUGACACUCAUCCCCUGCUGGCCGGGGCUGUUGCUGGCGGUUACUACCCGUCGCUUGUGGGCGCGAACUCGGAACCUGCUUUCGCCUCUUGGGAGAUGACAUUGGCCAAGACUAUCUACUACUUCCUGAUCCCUGCUGUUCAGUACUUUAUUGGCGCUGCUAUCAUUGAUACUUGGCAAUACUUCCUCCACCGAUUGAUGCAUGUCAACAAGUGGUUGUAUGUUCACUUCCACUCUCGCCACCACCGUCUUUACGUGCCUUACGCUUAUGGUGCUCUCUACAACCACCCUGUUGAGGGGUUCCUGCUCGACACCCUCGGUGCCGCCGUCGCAUUCAAGGUCACCCGCAUGACUUUGCGCCAGGGCAUCCUCUUCUUCUCAAUGUCCACGAUCAAGACAGUCGACGACCACUGCGGCUACGCGUUCCCCUGGGACCCUCUCCAGAUCGUCACCAGCAACAACGCUGAAUAUCACGACAUCCACCACCAACACUGGGGCAUCAAGACCAACUUUGCUCAGCCCUUCUUCACUUUCUGGGACACUCUUCUCGAUACCAAGUACAGGGGCUCCAAGACCAACAAGCCUGGCCAAAAGAAGGCCAAGGUUGAGGAAAAGGCUCAGUAGAUUUUGUUUUUGAGACAUUGGCAUAUGAACUUUUUGAUUUCAGCAUAAGGAGCACAUGAUUGUGCAGUCGCAACAAAACAAGAAAACCAAGCAUCAGUAUUCGAUUAUUUGGGGAUCGCCGGAUUGCGAUAUGGUUGUUUAAUCUUAUCAGGGUGCGCUUUUUGUUACGGUUUUGGAUCGGUUUGGGCAUGACGGCAAUUUCAACAUCGACACUUAUCAUCACGGCUCGAAGCUUGCGGUAAUUUUAUCAACUUUUAAUUUAUGGCUUUAAUGAGGCGCCUGAUGGACCAACUCCUUGGGCCUAAUACGUUCUUCCUACUUUCGUUAUUCUUACAGACUCCCAUUCUUACCCUGCCACCAGCCCCGUCACCGCAAUCCAAGGGUCUGGUAGUGCAGUGGCAGGGCUGGCCUUCUGAGAACGGCGGUGCUGGGUAGAGGAGGGUCUUCUACCCUAUUUGCUUUACAUCUGGAUUUGUACCAUUAAUGUCAAUGAGAUACAGAGUUGGGUUUGGUAACGGCGCACAAUUAGUAUGUGAGAUGAUAGGCCUUGGGUCCCUGUUCCUCUGUGUCGGGAACGGGUAUGACCAGAAGGAGGAAGAAACACAAUGGGAAGAUAAAUAUCUGCGCAGAUGUACGACACCGUAUCUCAGUUUGGUCCUCAGGAUAGCCCCCAAGAACAGAAUAUCAACAGUUCUUUCCGUAACCCGUGUCAAUACCUCUCAAAUGCCAACGUGAUAAUCUGUCCACUGGUAGAGUCACUCUGAGUCUGUCUAUGUGGUUUGAGAUGGGGUUGAAAGCUCCCUGUGGCAAGACAUUCUUCAUAGCCCAUAGGUAAUACUAGAAGGACAUCAAGACCAUCUAUAUAUUUUGGGCAUAAUACAUCGAUUUUUGUAGUCAUUGUUAUAUUGGCAGAUGGGUCAUUGAUUCAUGACGUUCAAGAUCACUGAGCAAAUAAUUGGC